GUUGUGUCUUCUGCGCAUGCGCUGCUCGAAAGGAGAGCUGUCGAGGUCGAAUUAAGUCUUGGACGAAAGACUGCAAAAUGCCUGUAGACUAUGAUAAAGAGGCAUAUCCGGAGCCUCCUCGGCAGACUCCGGUUGUGGAAAAACAGACACCAGUGCCGAACCCAGCCCUGAUUUUGUCUAAACUCUUCUAUUACUCCGUGGACCUGCCUGUCACCACAUUUAGAGAUUUUGUUGAAAGCCUUCAGGCUAAAAACCAGAUCGUCUACUACCACCGGAAGUUCCGUCGUGUUCCUGACCUGACUGAGUGCGAGGAUGGAGAUUAUGUCUGCCACUAUGAGGCCGAGAUGCAGUGGAGGAGAGACUACAAAGUGGACCAGCAGAUUGUGAAGGUGGUUCAGGAGCGUCUGAGGGCCUGUCAACAGAGGGAAGGACACAGCCAUAUCCAGAACUGUGCUAAAGAAAUGGAGCAGUUCAAGGAGGUAUCCAAGAACUUCCAGUCACGCUAUGGAGACCUGGGAGCGUUUGGCAAUGCGAGGAAAUGUCUAAUGAAGCAAAAAGAACGGAUGAUGGCAGCUGAGGCAUAAUUCUAAGUAACAGUUGUCUAAUCUGUUUUGUGUACUGUAAAACUGUAAAAUAAAGUUUGUGAUCACUUA